AUCCGUCGUUCUUUAGUCUAGCAUUGUCCAUUGUCCGUGCUAAAUAAAAUUAGAACGGUCACUGGAAGCCUAAAACAGAUGCAUGCAAAUAGCGUUAUUUUUAUUCAAAUUCAUUCGGAUUAUCACCGGCGAUCUUAAACUCCAAGAGGCUACUAAAAUUGGCCGUUAAACGACAGAUAGGCCAUUACGCUGUACAGACUGAGGAAGAACGGGGCACAUGUAUCAAGCGAGCUUUAAUAGUGGCCUCACAUCACGAUCCGGCUACGAGCGACCAGGGAUGAGUUCUUACCUGCCUAUUCGCCAGUGCGCCCCGAGAGGGGAUGAAAUCCACGCCGGCGAAAAUACUGGGUACAUGGACCACUUUCUUAAUAUCCCGGAGAUAUGUCCCACUGGAAACUACAGGGCUCCACGAUAUUAUAUGGGAUCUUAUGCGUCCGAAGCAUGUCGUAUGGAAGCACUUCAACAGCGAAAUCACGAACUGAGAAUGGGUCUACAAACAAACCGAGCAUCGUUCUACCCAAAUAUGAACGUUCCAGGGAUGAGAUUCGGAGACCCGUGUGAUACCCAGGGAAAUUGUAAUCCCGCUCCGAGGGCAGACAGCUUGAGUCCUUGCUCAAAGUCCGGGAAUGGAACGACCGAAGGAGAGACGCCGUCAUUUUAUCCCUGGAUGUCAAUCGUAGGUCCCAACUCUAACCAAAGACGCAGAGGGAGACAAACAUACACGAGGUUCCAAACCCUAGAGCUUGAGAAAGAAUUUAAAUUCAACAGAUAUCUCACCCGAAGACGUCGAAUAGAGCUCUCCCAUAUGUUGUGUUUAACAGAAAGGCAGAUUAAAAUAUGGUUUCAGAAUCGGCGAAUGAAAGAAAAGAAAGAGUUACAGGCAAUUAAAGAACUGAACGAACAAAGUAGGGUUCAUGAAAAAAAUAAAUCAGAGGAAGCAGCUCCAACGAAAUCUACAAGCUCAUCUUCAUCUUGUGCACAAAAUUCGAAUCAAUCACAUUCUCCCGAAAAUUCAGAAAGUUGAAAUCAUUUAUUUCCUUCGAUGUUUUUGUUGAACUAUCGGGGGCCGCCGGAAGUGGCGAUACCUCCACUACCUCCGCUAAUGAAUUGUGGGUAAAACCUAAAUGAAUGACACAAUGUUUGUGAACAAUAUCGUCUGUUCAUUAUGUUUAAAACUGAAGUGAACAAUUGACAACCAAGAACUAAACACACCACUCAACCGAGUCCGGCGACCAUGUUGUAUCCACGACGAAGCAACUUUACAUGUCGUCUGUUCAAACAUUGCAUCUUCUGCAACGGCGCAUUUCACGCUCUUCUUAACGAAAACGACAUCAUCAACAACAGCACCAAGUACUGAGCCGUUAUAACCUGAUUAAAGUACGACAACGCCAUUACUAUCGAUAACAUUUCUGUGUAACUGGCUACGACGUCAAGUCAACGCAGCAUUAUUAAAUCGACACAUGUCGUGCUGGUCGUCCCAUGGAAAGUUGUAUCUCCAAAGGAACAUGAACUUCUGGUAUUGCCCUUUCACGUCGGAGCAGAUCGGAGGACGAGCAGAUAUGAUGACAGACACUGUCUUAAAAACAACCGUGAUCGUGAACAUUGUCGUCUGCUACAAUACCGCAGUGAAUGCAUUGUCAGACGAGUUUUAACUGUCGUCUGCUGCCUUCAGUUUUUGGCGGUAAAGCUUGUCAUUUUGAACGUGAUGUGUGUGUAUUGCGCAAAACAAUCAUCACAAUGAACUUGUAUUUGAAAUGGCAGGACCCAGAUCUGUAUGGCAAGAAGGUGUUUUCUCAAGAGCCAAAGCCGCUUCAUGUUUCAUGUCUCAUCCACGUUUGUAGAAAAUCCGCCAUUUUGUGUCGACGCCAUCUUGAAUAUUAGGUCGUGUUCAGGGACUCACGUUUCACCACGUUUUAUUUUUGUUCUUUACAUAUGUUAGCUUAUUCUAAUUUUUGUUUCGUAUUUUUGUCAUAUUGUGAUUAUUGAUGUUCACGAACUCUCGCGAGAGUGCUCACCUAUAACGAGAAUCCAUGAGACUUCACGGUCUCGUGACCUUGACUUUGGUCAUAGGGUAUUUAUGUGUGAAGGAAAACAACUUCACGCGAGCCCAGAAACUUACAUAAGUUGACGAGAAUACAAUAUUAGCUUCAUAGUUACCCAGUGAUUCACAACCCCAUCGUUUAUCGAUCUCUCGUUAUUUUUGCCUCUUUGAAUGAGAUCUAACCGGCGGUUAGGAAACAUACCCUCUACAUGCGAGAAUCGGCCACAUGAUUAUAGUAUUUUGACGAGGAAUACAUGUCUAUGUUGACUGUCUUAACGAGAAAGGAUCACUCAAUAGAUUAUUGACUAUUGUGUUAACACAUGCUAGUUUUAUUCACGAUUGUGUUACAUAUGAUAAGGCUUCAUAGACUUAUUGUGAUCUGACGAGAAAAACUACAAGACAUCGGAUUAUCCGAACAACUGAUUAUAGACAAUGCUGAUAUGAUACAAAAUAAUUCAUUAGUAGAUAGUACACAUGAUUUCUAAAAAAUCUCCAUAUUUAUUAUUAGCGAUUUACAAUCUCUAAAUGCACAAAUUACAGAAUAUUAUGAAAGUGUAUACGUCUGUAGUCCACGUUCAGAAUAUAUGUAUACAAGGCUCCAAAUUAAAGUAAAAACCCACACAAUUGGUAUUCAAAUCAAAUUACGAUAACACAUUAACGAUAAUGAACAAUUGAUAGUGAAUCAAAUCUCUCACAAGAGCUACAUAUCAAAACGCAAUUUUCAGAAGUAGUGUAUUCACAUUACAAAAAUCAAAAUCCAACUUGUUAUUCCUGUAUGUGUUUGCGUAAAUGCUAAAAAUUAUAAUGAGUAAUAUAUAUGUAUAUAUAGGUUUCCUGUCACGAGCGCUGCUUAAUACUUCAAUUAAGCCAUGUCGUUACUUUUGACCGCUAAACAAUAGAACAUCAUCACAGGAGCAUGUUCUGAAUUCAAAAUCUCUUUGUUCAAAACAGUUAUCGUUUAUCAAAAAAUACACCUGCCUGUUUAUACAUAAUCAGAGUUAAUCCUUUAUCUGCGAUUGUCAAAGCAUCUGUUUUCAGAAAUGUGGUCUCAUUGUGAUAAUGCACAUUGACUGUCUCGGUAGUCAACACAUGUGAAAACGGUAUUAAAGUGAUAAUUAUUUAUAGUUUAAUAAUCUCACAGGAACGUUCGCAACUAAUUCAUAACUCGUCCGAAAUACAAAAUAACAUGACCAAUAACACAAAAUAGCAACACUUACAUUUAACGAAAUCAAAUAGUGAAGAACUUGGAUCCGGAUUAUUCCAGGUAGGCAUAACGUAGUAUACACUACAUGAAAUAAUAGGUUUUAUUCGAUAUGAAGCGUACAGAGAAAAAACAAGAGGAACGAUUUUAUCGAAAUUAUGAGAUUUAUAGAAAAGAGUAGUUUUUAUCGUCAUAUUCUCUGGUUGUACCAGCGUCACCUAUAGUUGUUAUGACUGUUCUGUGUUUUCUUUUCAUUUACGAGAUAUGAAUAUAAACUAUUCUGUAAGAUUGUAAAGAUCUAUAUUGCAGCCUGAAUGUAACGAGAAACAUGUUGAUAUAGAUUUUUGUUUGAUAUUAAAUGUCUUAUCAAAUAUA